AUGGGAUGCAAAUACAACGCCGAUAACCGCAGCGUCUUGUCACGACUUGCACAAGUUGAUGCCGCAGUGACCCUUAGUGACACUUGUCAUCGCGAUAGUAGAUUCAUCGAGCAGGAAGCUUAUAGCCCUGUAGUGGUAUUACCCUCGCUGUUCCGCAAUCGAUACUGA